AAAUACGAGAAAUACUAUGAUGAAUUUCAAAGCAAUUUUCAAAUAAAAACCAUGUUUAAAAGAUUCCGAAAAAAGGUUUGUAUGCCUUGUAAAUAAUGUAGAAUAUUACUUCGCAUUUAAAAGAUUAAAACAGGUUGUUUUGUUGCUCUUUUGAACAUAUCUGUUUAGCUGUUUGAGUCACGCUUAAUAAUCGUUGCUCAUUUUGAAUUUUCCAGGAUGCGAAAGCAGAAGAAUCCAGCGUUGAUGCAGACGAUAAACUCGGAAAUUCUGUAAGUCCGACUUGUGUAUGUGUGUAUUCUUUGCAUCCUUGCUAAAUAAAGCGUCGAUUAGGCUUGCUGCAUGUUUUAUUUUACAUUGUUUUUAUUUGUUUAUUUACACCGGAAAUUCUUGAAUGCAUAUUAUUGACAUUGUGACAUUUUGAUUGUUGCAAUCCGAAUUUUUUAAAGAAUGUACUGUACAUCUUGUUAAAGAUUGACAAUAGUUGCAAGACUUUGCCUUUGACCAGCAGAAUUGUCUGGCACAUUGCAUUUGGGUGCAUUGCAGGUUAACCAGACUGGGCGCGGCAGCCCUCGAUCUCCCCUUGCCGAGUAAAAUCUUCUGGUGUUAGACAGAGUAAAAUAAUGCUGCAAUGCACCCAAAUGUGCCCUACUUUAUUAUUUUUCUCUAUCUAAUGCCAGACGAUUUUAUUAGAGUCUUGCACAUUAGCGAGCUAAGCAAGCAAGCGAUGAUUUUUUGUCAACACGGACGUCAGAAUGCCGGGACGGAGGACUGGAUUAAAAACUGUGUUUGUAUCAGUUUGUGGUAACGUUAAACACAUCUGACAAAACAUAAGAUUUUUAAAGUUUUUUGCUUCCUUACACGAGCGCUAUGAUUCAAAAUGCCGCCAAAAGUAGUUAAUUAAACCAAUCUUUCGGGUGAUGUCUGUGUUGACAAAGACGUCACUUGCUUAAAGAUGAUGUCCACUCCUGUGCGCAUGUGCGAACUUUGUUUACAUUCUGAACUGCUAUAUUUGUAAAAUAUGAUAUACUAACUGAAUGCCUAACACUUUUCUGGUUAAAUUUAUGUGGUGUUUCCACAAACAAAACUAAAUUUUAUCGACAUGCAAACAUACAAAGAACUUAUAAAUUAAUAUAAAUUCUACGUUUCAAUUCAAUUUGGGCAUUGUUUAUAUCUGGGGGUUCCCCUUUGUUAUGAGCAGAACUGAUGCGCAGAACAGAGUGGAAAUCAUCUUUAAGUUUGCUAUUAAUGGGGUAAUGCAGUAGGAUAGACCUUACCAAUUAUUCUCAUUCACACAAUGGCCUUGUUUUCAUGUCAAAUACUUACUCAUGUUUUGUGCUUAGGCCACAUAAAAAAUUACUUGUUUAGCGUCCCCGCCCGACCUGAUAAAAUUCCCCGACCUCCAAUUUUAAAAUUUUUUUUCUCCAAAAUCUGUCCGAGUUUAGUGCAAAAACUCUCUAUAAGAAAGACUGUUUUACUUGAAAAAAUGGUGAUUUUAUUCUUCCGGGAGCUAUGUAAUAUGUUUCAUGAAGUAUUUCCUUCCCAGAAUAUGCCUGUUCGCAGGUAAAGUGUUCGUGUGUGGCCGCUUCGGACGCCAAAUUGUAAUUUUCUGUUUAAUUAAAAACAUGAAUGGUAUUAAAAAACAUGAACGGAUUUUGAAAGAAUUAAAGUGAGUUUUGACUGGGGUAGUAUACUGGAUUUCCUGCAUUUAGCAGAAUUUUGUGUUGCAUUCUACGAAAAAAAAAAAAACCAAAAAACCCGCCGGCCCGAUCUAGAAAAAUUAAAAUGGGUGGACGCUAAACAAGUAAUAAUUUUUUAUGUGACCUUAGUAGGGUUGAAAAUUACUUUGUUAUUGAGCCUAAGAACAGCAAGAAACAAAUUUGUCCGGGAAAACACGGGAAUAUAAUCUUUAUCUGCCCCCGACAUGCUAAAAUAAGUUAACAUGGAAACAAGGCCAUUGGGUAAAAGAGGAUAAUCGGUAAGAUCCAUUAACUAGAACUGACACUCUCGCAUCAUUUUCCAGGGUUUUAUAUGUUCGUCAUGCUACUGGGGUUUCUUAAAUGCCGAAGAUCUUCAAGCACAUUGGGACAAAGAACACACUGAAGCACAGGUUACAGAAAGUUCAGAAACAGCCUCAAAGGUGCAGUGAAUAAGGACAAUACUACUGUAGAUAGGUUUCAGCAAGCAAGAGCAGCUGCAAAAAUUUGACUAUAGGCUGUCGGGAAAGAAUCGAACCUGUGACCCUGUGAUUCCAGUGCACAGUGGCGUAGUGCUCAUUGGUUAGGGUUAGUUCAAAGGAGCCUCAUCAGCCACAGUCUAUCGCCCAGAAAAUUAGAAAACGUAAAAAAUGCAGGUGAAGAAUCAAUGGGGAAAUGCGAAAUUAAUAAUGCUAAAUAAUCAAGCAUCCAUCGACGACGGUAGCUGAUUUUUUAAUUCCAACUCAAAUUAAACAAAAGUUAUUCUUAACAGUUAUGUUGGAGACUGUUAUUGUCAUUGUUAUAGACACGGAAUUUUCCAGAACAUUCUAUAAAUGUUCAAUAUAAAUAUAAUAUUUCAGUCAAACAAUGACAACAGGGGCCCCCACUCCGAAUAUGCCUAAGGGCCCCCUCUUCGUCCGUUACGCCACUGCCAGUGCAGCGCUCGAACCAACUGAGCUACAGAGGCCACAGGGUUUGUACAAAAUCCUUGAAAGUCCUUGAGUUUAUAAAGAAGUGCUUGAAAGUACUUAAAUUGUUCUUGCUUUUAAUGGACCAUUUGCAUUAUAGACUAAAUUUUGAUCUAGACAAAAAUUUCAUCACAGCUUGAAAGAGCAUCACAAAAUUAGUAAUAUUCCAAAGUUUCGUUGCGAAAUGUUGUAAAAUGCGGAUAAUACAGCCAUGCGAAGUUUGCCGCUUUUCAGUCAUUUUGUAUUACGCACGAGAAAUUGACAGCCCAAUAGGGUGUUGGGGCAUCAAUUUUCCCGUUUGUAAUACAAAAUGACUGAAAAUUGCAAAUUUCGCAAGGCUAUAUUAUCCGCAUUUUACAACAUUUCGCAACGAAACUUUGGAAUAUUACUAAUUUUGUGAUGCUCUUUCAAGCUGUGAUGAAAUUUGUGGUGAUUUUCUGAAAUUGUUUGGCAUUAAGAAUUGGACAUUUUUGUAAAUUGAUUUUGUUCAUGUCUUAAGGACCAUUUACACGGGCGAUUUUUGCUGCGAUUUCAGUUGCGAUUUUCACCUUUUGGAGGAUGUGAAGGAGUAGAUCUGUUAUAAAUGUUCCAGGUUAUAAAAUCUCAUAACAACAUCAUUAAGUAAUCUACUUCUUCACAUCCUCCAAAAGGAGAAAAUCGCAACUAAAAUCGCAGCAAAAAUCGCCGGGUUUAAACGGGCCUUACAAAGGCCAAAGCUGUUUGAAAUUUAUUAAAGUUGCCGUUCGAACAAUGGACCUUUCCCCUUAUAACUAAAAUUUUGAUCUAGACAAAAAUUUCAUUACAGCUUGAAAGAGCAUCACAAAAUUAGUAAUACCGAAGUUUUGUUGCGAAAUGUUGUAAAAUGCGGAUAAUAUAGCCUUGCGAAAUUUGCAAUUUUCAGUCAUUCUGUAUUACAAACGGGAAAUUGAUGCCCCAACACCCGAUUGGGCUGUCAAUUUCCCGUGCGUAAUACAAAAUGACUGAAAAACGGCAAACUUUACAAGGCUAUAUUAUCCGCAUUUUACAACAUUUCGCAACGACACUUUGGAAUAUUACUAAUUUUGUGAUGCUCUUUCAAGCUGUGAUGAAAUUUUAAUGACCUUUAUUGUCAACUUUUCAAAAUUUGCAGCCGACUCAAAAUACAUCGGCGGUGAUAAAAAAUGGACAGGACUCAUCUAAAAUUUGGAGCGAACGUACGGGCUCUCUGUUGUCGUUCGAUGAGGAGUCACACACCAGAACGAAUGCUGAAGAUAUGUCGUUACUCGACACUACUUUGAAAGAUUUGGAAGAGAAGUCGACGGAAGUGGUCGCAUUACAACGUGAAAUUAAUGACAUUAAUGCUGCUUUGAAGGUAUUUUGAAGAAUGAGAAAUCCAGUACGGCAAUACUCCAAUUAGUGAAUAGACAAUUCCCAUUAUGGACUAAUAUUAAAACUAGGCAAGGAGAUGUAAUUCAAUCACCACAGCUAGAAAGAGCAUACUAAAAUGAGUAGAAUUGCAAAGUUUGGUUGCGAAAUGUUGUAAAAUGCGGAAAAUAUAGCGUUGCAAAUUUUGUAUACUUUUGUAUUGCUUGCGGAAAUUGCUACCACAUUUGGGGCGAAAAUAGUAUCAAUUUCCGCACGCAAUACAAAAGUGUACAAAAUUUGCAAAAUUUGCUAGGCUAUAUUUUCCGCAUUUUACAACAUUUUGCAACUUUGCAAUUGUACUAAUUUUAGUAUUCUCUUUCUAGCUGUGGUGAUUUAUUUGCAUUUCCUUGCCUAGUUUUAAAAUUAGUCUAUAAUGGGAAUUGUCUAUUUGCUACAUACAUAUAUACAUAUAGAAACACACAAUUUUUAACAAACCUGCAGCAGACUUGUAGCAAUGCUGUUCCAACAACUUGUCAACAGGAUGUGUUCGCACUGCUUGUUGACAAGUUGUCAAUUCCUUGUUGACAACUUGCUACAAGGUUGUUGAGCUCAACAGACUUGUUACAAGUUGUUCCAACAACUUGUUAUCGACCUGAAAUUCAACAAUUUGUCAACAAGUUGUGAGUGACAAGCUUGUAGCAACUUGAUAAAAUAACAGCAUUGUCACAACUUGUUGACAAGCUUGCUACAAGCCUGUUGCGAACACAUCUUGUUGACAAGUUGUGGAAUCCUAAAAUAGUCUUUUUAGUUUAAGUGUUCUUCGUAACAGCUAGUUUAUAAACAUGGAAAUAUUGUCUGGAUCAAUAAGGGUUUUCCUUGAUACAAACCAAAAUAGUAAUCUAGACUUUAACCCUGGAGGAUUAACGCUAAGUAAACCAGCUUCGAAACAAGCGGCGCCAUAACUGGAAAUUAUGCCUCGUUGAACACGGCUCUGCUUAGAAAAUUGAUUUUGUUUUUUCUUAGGAGGAGAAAUGGUACAGCAGCGCGCUGAAGGAAGAAGUAGACAAACUCGAAGCUGAGAAACAGGAAAGACUCGAAGCUUUUCAAAACUUGGAACAGGUUUGUUUUAAUCAUUGUAAUUCUAGGAAGCUGCGUUUCAAAAAUAGGCAUUUGAUUUGUGCUUAAAAUUUUCAGAUGAAAAGCAAUCACGCGGCAGUUACGUAGGUCCUGUUCAAAUGCCAGAACUCCCUUUUCAAAUGCCAAAAUGGCAGAAAUCCGUUUUCAAAUAGCAAAACUCCGUUUUCAAAUGCCAAAACUCCCUUUUCAAAUGCCAAAACUCCUUUUUCAAAUGCCAGAACUCCGUUUUCAAAUGGCAGAACUCCGUUUUCAAAAGCCAGAACUAUCUUUUCAAAAGCCAAAACUCUGUUUUCAAAUGCCAAAACUCUGUUUUCAAAUGCCAAAACUCUGUUUUCAAAUGCCAGAACUCCCUUUUCAAAUGCCAGAAAUCCCUUUUAAAAUGCCGAAACUCGGUCCCUUUUCAAAUGCCAAAACUCCGUUUUCAAAUGUCAGAACUCCCUUUUCCAAAACCAAAACUCCCUUUUCAAAUGCCAAAACUCCCUUUUCAAAUGCCAGAACUCCCUUUUCAAAUGCCAAUACUCCCUUUUCAAAAGCCAGAACUCCCUUUUCAAAAGCCAGAACUCCCUUUUCAAAAGCCAGAACUCCCUUUUCAAAUGCCAGAACUCCCUUUUCAAAAGCCAGAACUCCCUUUUCAAAUGCCAAAACUCCAUUUUCAAAUGCCAAAACUCUGUUUUCAAAUGCCAAAACUCUGUUUUCAAAUGCCAAAACUCCGUUUUCAAAUGCCAAAACUCUGUUUUCAAAUGCCAUUACUACAUAUAAUAACCAAUUACGCAUUCUGAUUGCCUUAGAGCGAAAUCGUUAACGAAUGCGCUGAUUGGUCGAGAACGAAAUCCACACUUGUUUCGGAAGAGUCAAAUUGCAAGCUCGUUUUAUUGUUGACGUUUCUUUCUUUAUUCUCUAAAGGAAAAGCACAAAUGUACGAAGGAAUUUGAAGAAAAACUAAAGUUGUCUGAACAGGAGAAAACGACGGGUAUAAUCAAUUGUUCAUUCAUGUCGGUUAUGAUAUAAUAUACAGCCAAUUCAAAAAAGGUUGUCCUUUGCGAACGUUUAAACUCCUUAAACCUUAAACACUAAGCGCGCAAAGUUUAAUGGGAACACAAGUUUCAAGCUCAGUAGUUGAAUAUUGCAGCUAUUUGUGAAUUAUUAAUGAGUUUUAUAAGGUUUGCAAAGGACAAUCUUUUCUGAAUUAGCUAUGUACUCCUCUCCUUUAUAACAUAACAACAUUACAACCUUUCUUGCAGAAGUCAACGAAUUGAAACAAAACUUAGUGCAUGCUUUGGAGGCAAAGUCAGGCAGCCAGGAGGAACAGCUCUCAUUGGUUCAGAAAUCUUCGGAAAUGAACUCGGAACUCGUCGCCUUACAGUCGAAACUCAAAGACGAAGAACAGAAACGCAUUUCACUUGAGAAAUCUUGUGAAGGAAUGAAGGUAUGGAUGAAUAAAGGAAUAUCAAAUGGAUUUCUGUGAAGGAUAGCGUCAUCCAUGCACGGGGGAUGUUACGAGACUUUCGGAAAGCGUAAAACUCUCGAGCCGGUUCCAAGUGUUUUUCUUAAGCCCAUUGUCCGCUCGGCGAAUUUGUUCGCGCCAAGCGAAGCGAAAAACAAACCUUGGCAGUGUGAUUGGUCAGCAAAAUAAUUCGCCGCGAAACGUUAGGUACUAGAGAGUUUGGCAACCUAGUACGGCAAAGGCAACGGGGAAAAUAUAAUUGCUUAUAUUGUUGUAUUUGAGCCAAAGUAUACGUUACUACACUUAAUUUGCUUCCUGUUUCUUUCAAACGUAAAAAUAGUCCGCGAAUUCAAAUAAAACACCUCAAAUAACAUCGAACGAAUUAACCGUUGCCGUAGUCAUGCACCGUGAAAAUGAUGCAAAUCACGUAUUAGUUUCAACAACUACAGCAUUGCACAACGCUUAAGAUCAUGUGAUUUACAUUCGCCUUUGUCUUCGAGGAUUAAUGCUAUUGUCGAUGACCAUAUUGCCGUUGCCUUUGUAUUUGCCAAACUCUCUAAAUUCGAGGCGAUAGCCGCGAGUUUUAUAUCGAUGAUAAAGCACAGACUGUGAUGUUUAAAUGGUUUAAAAACGACCUAUCUAUCUUUUGAGUUUUUUGGCGAAAUAAUUUUAAAAUAAACGUUGUCUAAGCCGAGAAAAUCAAAGUUAAAGUUUACACCAACAUGGUAGCGAUUUCCUUUGUUUUUUCUUUAUGAAUAAUUAAUGAGUUUGUAACUUUAUUUAAACGGUUAACUUUAUUAACUUUAUCAUAACUUUAUUUGUUAACUUGUCUCUCAAAAAUCUCACAUCUUGUAGCAAGUCUGCCAACAAGCCGUCAACAAGUUGUGUUCGCACUGCUUGUCCCAAGUUGUCAACAAGUUAUUAACAGCUUUCACAACACUUGUUGCAAGGUUGUUCCAACAAGUCCGAUACAGUUAUGAUAUAACAAUAUUGUUACAACCUCGUGUCGUCAACCUUGUAACAUUCUUGUUAUAUCAUGACUGUAUCAGAUUUGUUAGAACAACCUUGUAACAAGUCUGAUAAUCCCAUCAAGCUUGUUACAAGUUGUUAAAAGAUUGUUCCAAACUUGUUACAAGUGAACAGAUUUGUAACAACUUGUUCCCAGACCUGUAACAACUUGUGCGUUUUUACGUGUGUGUAUACUGUUAACAUCACUCGUUAAAAUGUUUUCAUUGUCAUGGUCAUUUUUUGUGCAGGAAGAAUUGGAGGAUAAAUCGAAAACAAUCGGUGAUUUAGAGACACAGCUGGGACAAAGGUAUGUAGCACACGCGUCUAUUAUUUCAGGAAAGUUUAAUACAGGACUCAAAAUACAUCAACGUAUGUCUUGACAAAUUAUGUGGCAGCGCAAAUGAAUAAGGGAUUUGUUGUUGUAGAUUUUGAGUUUGAAUUUUAUACAUAAAAUUCAUCAAUGAGGCCACAUAAACAAACCCCUUCUAAUCCAAAUCCAGAUGAAUGAGAGUUCCCAAAAUCCAAAUGAAUUAGGGCGAACAAUGUCUGUUUUUGAACGGCCAAAAUGACCCACUCUGAAUGGCAUAAAGGGUAGAAUUAAUGGGUGACUCCAGCUAUACACUAAAUUUUGAUCAAGGCAAAAAGAACGAAAUGCAACACCACAGCUAGAAAGAGCGCCUUAGAAUGAGUAAAACUGCAAAGAUUGGUUGCUAAAUGUUGUAAAAUGAAGAAAAUAUAUAGCCCUGUGAAGUUCGCAAAUUUUGUAUAUAUUUGUAUUACGCACGGUAAAAAUAAUCACUUUCGGCUCAAAAAUGGUUAUUUUUCCCGCGCGUAAUGCAAAUAUAUAUACAAAAUGUGCGAACUUCACAGGCUAUAUUUUCUUCAUUUUACAACAAUUCGCAACCAAACUUUGCAAUUUUACUCAUUUUAGGAUGCUCUUUCCAGCUAUGGUAAUGGAUUUCGUUCUUGUCUAGAUCAAAUGGAAUCAUCCAUUUGGGAUUUUUGUGAACCGUAUCACUUUUGCUAACAUGGCAUUUUCCCUUCCUUAGGCCGACCGCUGAGCAUGUAUCGUCUUUGCAGACGCACAUCAACUCCCUGGAGGAACAGCUGAAAAACACGAAACAGGAGAAAGAGAGCGAGAGACUGGAACUGAGUGAAAAAUAUCAGAAUACUGUUGAAACUACUAAAAGGUCGAAUACUUGUAUUCAUGUCAUAGCAUA